AGGAAAGGAUGUGAAAGGGCAGAGUGUGAUUGUAAGCUGAGGAGAGCCAAGGUCAUCCCACACCGAGCCCGACGCCGCCGAACGGCCUGCCUUCAGACAUGAAUCCGGCGCCGAAGAUCGUGGUUGCCCUCUACGACUACAACGCCACCGAGCGAGGGGACCUGUCACUGCGGAAGAAUGAAGAAUUCGAGGUGCUUGAACAAGAUCAGGAACACUGGUGGAAGAUGAGAAAUAGACAAACUGGAAUGGAAGGUUUUGCUCCCAGCAAUUACGUUAGAGAGCUAGGAACACCUGAUAUACAGCAGUAUGACUGGUAUCUCGGCGACGCAACAAGACAGCGCGCGGAAGUAUUCCUAAUGCAACAGGAGCGGGAGGGUUGCUUUGUUGUGCGGAACUCGACCACGAACUCUGGCGUCUACACCCUUUCAGUGUAUACGAAACAGCUUAGGUCUCAUCCGCAAGUAAAGCACUAUCACAUCAAGAAGGACCCGGAGGGAAACUACUACCUGUCGCAGAACAUCAAGUGCAAGACCAUUCCCGAGCUCAUCUACCGGCACCAGCACAACCCCGGCGGUAUCUGCGCCAGACUGCGACCGCCCACCCUCGGGAGAACUGCGCCAGCGACUGCGGGGCUCAGCCACGAUAAGUGGGAGAUUGAUCCAUCGGAGCUCAAUCUGCUGGAGGAGCUGGGUUCCGGGCAGUUCGGCGUUGUGCGCCACGGCAAGCUCAAGUCCUUGGACGUGGCUGUCAAGAUGAUGAAGGAAGGGACGAUGAGCGAAGACGAAUUUAUUGAAGAAGCGAAAGUCAUGACGAAAUUACGACACGGUAAUUUGGUUCAGCUGUAUGGAGUGUGCAGCAGACAACGCCCAAUAUACAUCGUAACGGAAUACCUGCGCUAUGGAUCCUUGCUACAGUAUCUUCGUAACAAAGAAAGAAUCCUAUUAAAUAAUACUGAUGUUCUUUUAGAUAUGUGUUUGCAGGUCUGUAGUGGAAUGGCUUACCUUGAGAAGCAGAAGUUCAUUCACCGUGAUCUUGCAGCAAGAAAUUGUCUUGUGGGAGCUCACAAUGAAAUUAAAGUUGGAGAUUUUGGUUUAGCAAGGUAUGUUGUGGAUGACGAAUAUACUGGUUCAGGAGGUGCUAAGUUCCCAAUCAAGUGGGCAGCUCCUGAAGUGCUAAACUUCAUGAGAUUCUCCUCCAAGUCUGAUGUCUGGGCCUUCGGUGUCUUGAUGUGGGAAGUCUUCACUUGCGGCAAAAUGCCUUAUGGCCGGAUGAAGAAUGCCGAAGUUGUUGAUAUGGUGCAGCAUGGAAGAGUUCUGGAAAAACCCAGAUUUUGUCCUAGUGAUGUCUAUAAUGUAAUGCAACAGUGCUGGAAUGCAAAUGCUGAGAAUCGACCUUCAUUUAAUGAAAUCCUCAGGAUGUUCCAAGAUGAAUGACUUUCAUCAAAUAUUGCCCCCCAUCCCUCAGCUCAUACCGAAUAGAUAGUUUGUUUUUAGAAUCUAAUCUUGUAUACUAAAAACUAAAAAAUGACAGCUUCCAAUAUCAUUGGUAUUUUUUUAUGAUGGCUUGUGACAGCACCAGUAAUAUAUAUAUGUGUGUGUGUGUGUGUGUGUGUGAGUGAGUGAGUGAGUGAGUGAGUGAGUGAGUGAGUGAGUGAGUGAGUGAGUGAGUGAGUGAGUGAGUGUGUGUGUGUGUGUGUGUGUGUGUGUGUGUGUGUGUGUGUGUGUGUGUGUGUGUGUGUGUGUACACAGACACACUCAUAUAUUCAUUUUUGAAGUUGAAAGACCCAUUCUGGAUUAUGGAUUUUGCCUGAAGCUGUAGCUUGCAUAAGGAAAUCACCAUUAAAUGUUAGCUUCGUUGGAGGCUGAAAUGCACAAGAAUUGUCAAAAGCAACAAAGUAGAAGUCAUUGAAUUACUGAUAAUAAGUGAGAGUAAAAAAUAUUUGACAAAUUUUGUCACACUCAAUGACAGUUUUCCAAUCAUGUUCUUAAUCAUGUUUUUGUUGUGAUUGAAGUCUUUCCUACAAUGGCAAAAUGUCAUAUUUGAUCCAAAUUGUGAUUACAUCAGUGAUUUUAGUACUAGGAUGUAAUGAGUUUUGGUAUGAUAUUCCUACCUUCAAAACACAGCAAUCAUUCAUAACAUUGAAAAAGGUGGCUUAAAACAACUCCAAUAAUGCAACACAAUUGUAAAUAGAUAGUUUUGUGUACAAGACUGGAUAUCAUUAGCAUAGUACAUUUUCCUGUGUUAUAUCUUAAAAGAUAUGUGAUGCAAAGUUGCCCUUAAAUUUAUGUUUAAGCUUCCAAAACUUUUGCAUGGUUCGGGAAGCCCAGGACAGUGUUAGAUCUGGAAAGACACUGGUUCUGCCAGUCAGUGUUAGCACAGGGUUAAUGGGACCAGUGUGACUGCGUGUUUUUACAAAACACUUCACUACUGCAACAAAGUUUAGGUUAUGCUGGAAAUAAUGGACUUAUUUUUCUAUUAGCUGAAGUUUUUCAAAUUGAUAGAUAUAUAAAGAGUUACACAAAGAAUGCCAAGCUCUUUGCACAUUCAGUAUCAUUUGGAAAAAUGGAUGUAAGGAAACAGAAUGAUAUUGCCUUUUCUAGUUUGAGUAAAAUGCAGGCAUAAAGUAACUCUGCUGUUCCUAUGACUUGUAAUGGUUCGCUUAGAACUGUCUGAGACAAAAGUAAUGUGUAAGUGUGUUACAGAUCGUCUUUUGAUGCUAGUGAUAGGUGUGAUGACUUGUUAAGCCAGUCAUCAUCAGGAAACUUUGCAUACUAUUUAUGAAUGCACAUGUAAUACUGGGCAGAGCUUCAGCAGGAGGUUCAUUUCUUUAUCCUUCUGCUUUUUCAUGGGGUUAGAAUUUUUACCAUUUCAUAAUUUUUGUAAGUAACACAUUGAUUCACGGAUUACUAUUCAACCUUUUUAAUGUAUUUUGCAUUUUUAUAUUGAUAUUUGUGGUGAAUGUUCAACUGUAGAUGGCAUGCAUACCUUCCUUUGUCUGAUGGUGUUUUUAUAUAAACAUUUAAAAUCAAAACAACAGUUUAUAUUAUGGUGCAAUACCAUAUUCUUUUUCAGUAGAUUGUCAUAUAGCAAGUGGAAUACUCAAGCAUUUUUGUCACUUUCUUGUCAUAAUAUGAUGAGCCUUCCCCCUUAGUACAUAAGGUUUUCAUAGAUUACAAGGCACACUGGACAUUAGUAUCUCUAUUGCAUUGUGAAUAGUAGCCAUAUUGUUACCUAAACAGAUAAAACUUAAUGAAUCAUUGUCUGGAAGCUUAAUAUGAAUAUGUCGUUAGAAUUCCUCAAAACUGUAAAUACAGUAACUUAUGUUACAUAUGUAAUAAUUUGUAUAUGUGAUAAUUAUGAAAGGUGAUUAUCUUAGGUUAUUAUCAUACACAGUAUGUUAAUGAUAGUGCUUCUUAAGUUAUGACUUAGUUAUUUAUGAAGUAUAGCAGAUGCUGGCAUGAAUAUCAAACCUGAAUUAAACUAUGUAUAGAAUUAAUCAUAUCAUGUUACUGUCAAUAAUUUGAUAGAUAAGAGGAAGGGGCUCUGAAUCUCUGGUCACAAUUCUGAAUUUGUUUCAUGAGAACCAUUAGGCGAUGGUCUUCAUUGUUAGCAAAUGGUCACACAAGAUUAAAAUAUGUGCGUGUGUGCGUGGGUGUGUGUGUGUGUGAA